CACCACCUGUCUUCCUCUUCUUCUUUGUUCUCAGGUGACAAACUAUGCAGUGUAGAAGACUGUUUUCCAGGCACAGGAGUAUAUUUGCGGCACGGCUACAUAUACUCCUCACUAGCAGGCUACGUGCUCAGGAAAAACGAGGGAGAGGAGUUACCCGUGAUCUCAGUUGUGAGGGAAACAGAAGCACUACUGCUGCCAGAUGUAGGAGCAAUAGUCACCUGUAAGGUGACCAGCAUCAACCCCAGGUUCGCCAAGGUCCAGAUCCUCUAUGUGGGCUCCACGCCACUGAAGGAUCGCUUCAGAGGGACUAUCAGAAAAGAAGAUGUGCGUGCAACAGAGAAGGACAAGGUGGAGACAUACAAAAGCUUCAGACCUGGUGACAUCGUCCUGGCAAAAGUGAUUUCUUUGGGCGACGUUCAGUCGAACUACCUGUUGACAACUGCUGAGAAUGAGCUGGGAGUCGUGGUGGCACACAGUGAAGCAGGUGCCCAGAUGGUUCCCAUCAGCUGGUGCGAGAUGCAGUGCCCGCGGACACACACCAAAGAGUUCCGCAAAGUGGCACGAGUGCAGCCGGAGUACUUACAGGCGUGAAAGCCCUGAAACUUCUCUCUUCCACAAGGAACACACAGCUUCCCCCCCUCCCUACUUCAGUCACUGUUGUCAAGUAGCCUCUCAACUGUUUCAGAUGUUUUCUGAGAGACUGGACGACGUGCAACCUGGUGACUACUUCUGGUGUCUUUCUUAAGUGUUAUUUUUUUUUAUAACAGCUUUCCCAGUGCACGUUGUGUCAUCAGUUAAUUGUACCAGCUUGUAAACACUGAAGCAGCAUCAAAACAAACUGCCAAACUUUUCUAACUGGCCACUGUUGAGAUUAAGUAUUUAGAUCAGGUCAUUUAAAAGAUGAACUGUGUUGCUUGGUAACUGUAAGACUUGGUUGGGGCAAGAAUCAGAUUACACCUGAAGGCAGAGGUUAAAGUACAUACUCUAACCAGAGGUGUCCAACAAAGGGCAGUGGCUGCAUUUGGUCUGAAACCAGGAGGAUCUGCACUGCACUCUGAAGCUCUUUCUGCAUGUGUGGCUGACUUGAUUUUCUUAAAUAUCUUUUCUAUGAAGAUGUCUUUGUCUCCUGAGGCUAAUUUUUUUUUUCAUAAACCUCAGCUUUUCCAGUUACAACAUGUGGAGUAAUGUCCACACAGCAGUUUUAAAGGGAAAGUGAAUGAUGUAGAGCCUAAUGUUCAAACUGACACAGCUACCAUACACGGAAUACUGAAGUACAACAUAUGAGUCAAAUAUUUUUCUUUUUCAGCACAUAAUUGAAACUGAACCAUUCUGCAAAGAGAAAUGUUUCCAUUUUAUCUCUGAUGUAAAGUGUAUUUUUCUUUAUUCUCUCUUCGCUUUACAGAUGUCUUGUGCAAAAUUGGAAUAAAAUGACCAUCGGAAACAA